AUGGAGUACAAAACCCCUCAAAACGAGUACUCAGCACGGCCAGGCGAGUACGGCAAUGACCCUGCAGCUGGUGGCUCCACCUCCCCGCCCGGCGGGCAGCCACAGCCAGUCUUCAUGCAGCCGCUCCAGCCCGGGCAGCACAUACAAAUGCAGCCGAUGGGCCAGCAGCCGAUGUACAUGCAACCCAUGGGCGGACCAGGUGAGAAGUGCCUUGUUGGAAAAAAGCUCGACGUUCAAUUUCAUCAUUGACACGUUGCGGCAUUGACUUGUAAAAGUAAAAAGACAACACAAGGUCAAGGUGAAACUACAAUCGCGAUGUAUGAAGGAUGAUACUCUCAUCUCACACUCACUUCUGAGUUCCACUGGAUCUGACACAACUUCUACAGGUGGUCCCCCAAUGGUCGGCGCUCCGGUUAUGGCUCAGGGCACGCCGAUGGGCCACCCCCACAGCUUCGGCGGCGGACCGAUAAUCAUGGCCCCCAUGCACCAGGCCAUGCUGGAGUGGCAGAGGCCACAGGUAUGCUCCGAAUGUACCGCGGAGUGCUGCCUCGCGGGUUGCUGCCCCUGCAUAUCCGUGAGCAGCACCAUGACACUAGCAAAGAUGACCGGCCCCUGGGCGUUUAUAGUGGGAAUCUUGGUGUUUCUCCAGUACGUGUCGGACGGGAUAAGAAAUUCGGUAAUCGUCCAUACCUGCUGCUUUUUCGUACUGCGUUGUUUGUCUUGCGUCAUACUCAUCGCAAAUUUGGCACACUGUCGUAGCUCGGGUUGUUGGUGCAUCAGUUUAUGACACCGGCAUGAUGUUCAACAUAAGUAAAACUAAAAUUUAAAUUGAAAAAAAUCCAAAAAUCAGCGUCUCGAAGACGACCCCUGGCCGGCCAUCCGGGGUUUAGCCGGCCUGUUCAAUCUCGUUUUCAGCAUUUCGGAGGCCAUGACGCUGGUAAAGUGGAAGGAAGCCACGGGGCGGCACAUUCGCGUCCGCGACCCGGAUGGUAACUGCGGCGAGGAUUUCUGUCUCUUCUGGUGCUGCGUCUGCUACACCAUUCCCGCCGUGCAUCGAACAGUGGAAGACUGGCACCGGAUGGGCGGAGGUUCCGGGGGUGGGCAGCUGUCGCCCAAUUACCACAUGCCACCAACAUCUUUUCAGCACGCGGGGUUAGUGGCCGGGGGACCGACCCCCGUGGUGAUGGGGCCGCCAAUACAAGUGCAGCAGCAGCCGCAGCAGCAAAGACCAGCCUAUCAGGAGGUUAGUUGAGCUUGAGGCGGGUGUAGGAGGUAUGUUAAAGGCGCGGCAUGAUUGAAAUAGAAAUACUUGUAAUCGUAAUGACAAAGUCCAGUGAUGAAGUUAGUUGUAUCGGACGGUCUGGUUUCAUCAACAGUUUCAUGGCAAGGAUGACUUUUUGAAAUACUUGCAAGACCUGUGUACAAUUCCGACGUCUGUGAAGAAUAAAAAGACGCUACGCGGUGCCUCACUAUGUGCUUGGUUCUUAUCAAAAAUCUAACGAGCCUACUCAUAUACACAUGCAAAAGCGUGGCGCUUCUGCAGCGCGGCUG